GCUUCUCUGUUGAAAUUGUCUUUAUCAAAAUGAGGUUUUCACUGUUAUUUGUGUUUGUUAUUGUCGUUGGAAUAUAUAGUUAUAAUUUUUCUGAGGCUAGAGAGCCUGUAUGUUCUAAAUUUGCAUAUGAAGAACAGCUUUUAGAGAAAAUGAUUAGGACUGAAAUUAAGGUAGAAACAAUGGUGAAUGAAAUUAAGAAAACUGAGGAUAAUAUCAUCAGUACAUUAGGUGACAUUAAACAAACAGUUGCUGAUUUUACGGACAUGUUUGCCGAUAUGAGAGGGAACAUAACGGACGAGAUGUUAAAGAGAGAAGAAGAGAUCAAAGGGAGAGAAGAAUCGUUCAAAACAUUAUUUGAGGAAACAAUAACAAACCUAACGAGUUUAGGCAACGAGGCUGAAAAAGAGAAACUUAUUCAGCUCCAAGGAAAACUCGAACAACCUCCAGUCGCAUUCUACGCACAUCACUUGAAAGACAUGCUUCUUGAUACUACGAAUGAGAUUCUCAUAUUCGAGAAGACAUUCACUAACGAGGAAACAGGUUACGACACGUCUACGGGAUUGUUCACAGCACCUGUUGGAGGACUGUACCAGUUUGUUGUUCAUACAUGUGCUUAUAAAGGAAAACAUUCCUAUCUUGGCUUGGUGUUGGAUGAUAACGUUAUAGCAGCAGAUAGCAACUUUGGUGAUGAUGCUUAUGGCUGUAACACUUUUGGUGCAAUAGUAAGGCUACAAAAAGGAGCAAAAGUUUGGGUCAAAUCCACAGCGCCCGGUUCUAACCGCCAGCUUUUUCAAAACUCAUAUAGGUUUAACACAUUUAGUGGACUGCUAGUGAAUAACUGAAUUAAAAAUCAACAAAUAAACAUCAUCCUUAAUGAACUUAUUUCACCUGAUGUAAAAACGUAAAUAUUUUAGUGUAAAGUAUUGCAAUU